AUGGAGGGUCACUAUAAUUUUCAGAUAUUACUUCCGGCUGGCUUGUUGACACCACAGUCUCAUCAUCAGCUUGUUUCUCCGACGGGGAAGCUGUCUAUAUGCCCGGUCGGGGAUGUGGUUAGGUCGAUAGUGGAAGAUUUCAGCGGGACAAUUCCGCUUGACACUCGGAAUGUACAAAGCAACGUCGAAGGACACCACCAAAACGCCGCACUGAUUUCUGUGUUUAUGCGCAGUCCUGCUUGCCUCUCCAACCCAGUUUCUUCACAUGGUUCAUCUUCUGGAGAAGUUAGAUUGGACAAUGUCUCCGCAAACAGUUUACAUGAGGAUAGAAUGAAAGAACAAUUCCUUGAAGAUACACUUGUUAAAUGCAGUGGUUCUCAUAGGGAUGAAAAUCUUGAUGUUCCAGCAUCUGAAGUUGAAUCGGUUAUCCAAGAUGAAGCUCUUGACCUUGGCAGCAAUAGGGAUGGUAAACGAGGGAAAAAUAACACACUCAAGGUAUCAGAAUCGACACAACAGGAGUCACCUGUUACUGACAGCAAUUGUAUUACUAUAACCCCGGGGAGUGUUGUAUGGGCAAAAACAUCAUGUCAAGUGUGGUGGCCUGCGGAGAUCAUGGAAGAAAGACCCACCUUAGCAGGCCAGACCUGCGAUGGACAUGUCUUGGUGCAGUUUUAUGGGAAUCAACCCUGUGCUUGGAUUGAUCCAGUGAAAGAUCUUUCAGCAUUUGAGGAUUCUUUUGAAGAAAGGAGCGGUAACCCUGCAAAAGAUUUCCAAGAUGCUCUAAAACAAGCUUUGCAGAGGAAGGAACAACUUAUUUCGCACAGCAAGUCCAGUCCCCAAAGGACUGUUCGCUCGGAUCUGCAAGAUCACUCAUGUGGUAUAAGAUUGCUAUUUAACUUUCAAACUAAUAUCCUUCUCCUUGUCAAUGCAUUGAAAUAA